AUGGGCACCUGCCAGCCCUGCCCACACGGCUUCCACCUGCGCCAGGACGGUGCUCAGAACCCCCUGCAGAUCCCCACGGGCGCUGCCAGCCCAGCCCACACGGCUUCCACCUGCGCCAGGGACGAUGCUCAGCCCUGCCCACACGGCUUCCACCUGCGCCAGGGACGGUGCUCAGACGUGGAUGAGUGCGAGGAGGGCACCCUGUGCCCCCACGGGCUCUGUGAGAACACGCCCGGCUCGUUCCGCUGUGACUGCGCCCGCGGCUUCCGCGUCGGCCCCGACGGCUCCUCCUGCCACGAUGUGAACGAGUGCCUGGAGGGCGAGUUCUGCUUCCCCCACGGCGAGUGCCUCAACACCCACGGCUCCUUCAGGUGCCUCUGUGCCCCUGGAUACCAGACCUCGGCUGAUGGCACCUCCUGCCUCGAUGUCGAUGAGUGCCAGGGUGGGUCCCUCUGUGCCGGUGGGCGCUGCCUCAACACCGAGGGCUCCUUCGAGUGCCGCUGCCCCGCCGGGUUCCGCUCCGACCCCUCCCAGGAGCGCUGCCACGAUGUGGACGAGUGCCAGGAGUACGGGGCCAGCGGGCUCUGCGGGACCCAGCGGUGCCACAACAUCCCCGGCUCCUUCCGCUGCCAGCCCCAGUGCCAGCCGGGAUUCCACACUGGGAAUGACGGGGAGUGCGUCGACAUCGAUGAGUGCUCCAACGGGACCCUGUGUGGCCCCCACGCCGCGUGUCACAACCUGCCCGGCUCCUUCCAGUGCGCCUGCGACCCCGGCUACGAGACCCCCCCCCACGGGCACCACUGCCUGGACGUGGACGAGUGCGAGACCCUGCGCGGGGUCUGCGGCUCCGAGCGCUGCGAGAACGUCGAGGGUUCCUUCCUGUGCCUCUGUCGCGACAGCAGCCACGAGUUCGACCCCGUCACGGGGCGCUGCGGGCCCCCAGCCUCCCUCCCCGAGACCCCGGGCCCCAGGACCCCAGAGCUGGGCUCGUGUUUCAGCAGAGCCUGCGGGGUCGUGGCCCCCAACGUCACCCACCGGCAGUGCUGCUGCACCCUGGGGUGGGCGUGGGGCACCCACUGCCCCCCCCCGCGGGGCUGCCCCGCCCCGGCACGGAGUCAAGAGCCCCGGGACCCCC